AGGAGACGUUGGAGGUGCCCGGCCACUUUCAGCUUCCAGACCCGCAGGGUGCGUGGCGGGUGGUCUGCAGCUCCUCGUCGGGGUCUGACGACCGAGGCCGCUGGUUUGACCGUCGCGAUGUUUUUCUCCGAGGCCGGAGCCCGGCCACGCACGUGGGAAGCCAGCCCCUCGGAACACAAGAAAUGGGUGGAAGUAUUCAAAGCAUGCGAUGAAGAUAACAAAGGCUAUCUAAGCAGAGAGGACUUUAAAGUUGCUGUUGUAAUGCUGUUUGGGUACAAGCCCUCCAAGAUAGAAGCCGAUGCUGUGAUGUCUUCAGUGAAGCCAGACACUUCCGGUCUAACGCUUGAGGAGUUUUUAAACAUUAUAAGGAAAAAGAAGGAAGCUCAGCUGUAUCGGAAUGAAAUAAGACACAUCUUCACAGCUUUUGACAGGCACUAUCGUGGAUAUUUAACUUUGGAAGAUUUCCAAAAAGCAUUCAAGCAGGUGGCUCCCAAGUUACCAGAACGGAUAACUCUCGAGGUUUUCAGGGAAGUAGACCGAGACUCAGAUGGCCAUGUCAGCUUUAAAGACUUCGAAUAUGCCAUGAACUACGGACAGAAGUGAAGCCUGACGCUGUGAGCAGCUCUCGGCAACUUCCGGGGAGACCAGUAGACUGUCGUGUAUUUAAAUGUCAGCAUUCACUCUGCAUACUUGCGAUUAAACUCUUCCUCGCGGUU